UUGAAGGUGGCGGCGGCCAUAGCCAGCAAGCAUAUCAGAUGCCUUGGAACAUCAUAUGAUUACCCACAGCAAUCGAUAUUAGUGGAUUUCCCUGUGUUCGACUUCAAGACACAAUAAUAGUCCCCGGAUGUCAAAAAGCGCUGAAAGAAACAGUGACAAGAAAAAACAGCUCUUGACCUCCUUAGCCCUAUCUUCUGACCUUUUUUGGGUGAGCUUGCUCUGCAGCACAUUAAUUGUGACCUACAAUCAGUUGACCUUGACAUCUGGAAGACCUUGACCUCAGAACUCCAACAUGCCACCACAUAGAAUGACAGUCGAGCAGUAUGGAGAAUCAGAGGAUGGAGAUGAACAAGAUACCCUCAUGGGUAAAUUUCGCGCUCAUUAUCAUGGGAAAGGACUUAAACGAGAGACCCUUAUUUGUACUGACCGUAUUUCAUCAGGAAUAUUUAUGUACACUCUCUUCACUGGUUAUUAUGUAGGUAUGAUAGAUGUCAUACCAGAAAUAUACCAAAAAGAUUAUCCACAUUAUGUCUACCCAUUAAGGGUUGCACUGACAUUUUGCUUUAUACAGGUGGUCGCAAAUUGGCUGUGUGUAAGAUGUUACGAAACUGGAUAUUUUGUGACGAGAGACAGACCCAAUUUAAGAAAAACUUUGUGGGACGAAGUAGCUAUUGCUGAGACGGCUGUGUUGGACAAUGAACAUGGAAGUCACAGGCGGGAAGGUGUCUCAGGCAUUCGUACCGAACAAGAGUUUGUGUCAAAAGAAGAAAUGAAUCUGGCAUGGAAACGUUGUUUAAUUUGCCAGCAUGAUGCACCUCCGCGCUCUCACCACUGCCGUGACUGUCGCAAGUGCAUACUGAAGCAUGACCACCACUGUUAUUUCGUUGGACGCUGCAUAGGAUUUUACAAUCAGCGUUAUUUCAUCGUGUUAUCAUUUUACACUGGCGUAGGCAGUUUGGCUUCUUUUCUGCAUGUGCUCUACUAUUUACAUUCUGUUCUCCCUGAUGACAUGCACUGGUACGAUUAUGCAUUCCCGUAUACAUUUUACACGUGGUUUGAAGGAAAAAUCACGUUUCACAAUCUCUUGCUUAUUUCAUACUGCUACAUUUUAUGGUGGAGUGGAAUUCUGGGAUUGGGGUUCUUUCUUUGGGAGAUGAUUUUGGUACUGACUGGAAAAACUACGUUUGAGGUGCGACAAAACUUGCACGUAGUAUGCUUGAGCAGCAUGCGGGAGAAACUGAGAUCGGUUUUUGGGGAAUUUUGGUUUUUCAACUUCAUCCUCCCUCUUCAGUUGUUGUACAGACAGAGUGGGGAUGGAACAGAGUGGAACGAUCUGAAAAUAUUUAAUCCUAGGGGACAACCUCUCAAAGUGGUAUUUGCUAAUAAGGACCAUUGAGACUGUGUAUUUAUGAAUGAGGUAAAAAUAUGACCCCAUUUCCAUACAUUAGAUCGACCUACUUUAGAUCGACCUAACUCCCUGGGGGUUCA